ACCUUCGAAGUGCGUCCUAAAAAUAAAUCCCAAUCAGUGGUAAACAAUGUGAUUAGGGAUGUUGGGUUAUAAGCUAUUGUUCGCUUUGUGUUCAAUAACAGUCAUGUUCCAUACAUUUACAGUGAAUGUUAUGAUAUAAAUCGUUUCAGGAAUACGAAAAAUGGCUGAAUUCGAUACAAUUUUUGAAGAAGUCGAUGAAGAACAAAUUCAUACUGAUUUCUCUCCUGAACCAGUAAUAAUUCGGGGAGCUGGUAAUAUGACUGUUUUUGGAUUGAGUAACAGAUUUGAUACUAAAUUUCCAUCUGCAUUGACUGGAAGAGUAGCUCUUGAAGAAUACAAAGCUACUAUUAAUCGAGUCAACAGUGUCCUUCGUAAAACUUUACCUGUAAAUGUAAAAUGGUUAUUCUGUGGUUGUUUGUGCUGCUGUUGUACAUUAGGUUGUUCACUAUGGCCUGUCAUUUGCCUUAGCAGAAGAACUCGCCAUUCAAUUGAAAAAGUGUUGGAAUGGGAAAAUAAUCAUCUUUAUAAUAAACUUGGAUUAAGAUGGAAGCUAAAUAAACAAGCAUGUGAAUCUAAUAGUAUGAUGGAAUAUGUUUUACUCAUUGAAUUUAUUCCUAAAAUUCCUAUUCAUCGUCCAGAUUAAGACUGAUGAUCAUCACUAUUUUCAUGUGUAUACGCAUUAUGAAUUCGACAUAAGAAUGUAGUUUUUAUCAAAAGUUUAUGUAUUGUGGAUUUACAUAGAUUCAAAAAAAAAAUUGAAUUCCAAAAUUAUCAUAUUAUUAUUGGAUUCACAAAUGUGCAAAACAAUUUAAGAAAUUCUCUGAUUAGAAAAAAAUUUUAGUUGAUACUUAGCUUAGAAUGUUUGUUGAUUUGAAACGUAUAUAUAUAUAAUGUCAAAGACUUAGCUGUUGUGUUUGCAAAAAUAAAUAUGUUGCGAAGCAAAUAAUAAAUUGCACAAUUUUUGUAUUCA